UGCAGAAUGAAGCAGAGCUGCAUUCGGACACUUGGCGUUGUGAAGACCUGAGCCAACGUUUCUGAGGGCUGCGAAUACUGGAAAUACACGAUCACUUGUUCUUUUCUCACCUCAAAACCAUCUACUUAUAUGUUGGCAGGGAACUUCUAAAGCAGGACGUUUCGGUGGAUCCGGAUAGCAUUGGUGUCCGUAUUCGGGGUUUCUUCCUUUCAUGUGCAAGUGAAAUGUGGAUUAUCGACGUUGGUUUGUUAAUUUGGAAUAAAUAGAGGGAAAACAGCACGGCCGUGGGGUAAGAAAGUGGAAAAGGUAUAGCUCGCCUUCCCAGUUCAUCUCACAUCGAAUUAUAUAUCUGGAGAGAACGAGGGGUUGUUAAUAUUGAGCGUGGGUAGAUAAGACUCCGCUUCUAUUCUUUCCCUGGUACAUAUACCUCUUUCGGUGUGAAAUCUUUACACAGAGAUUCGCUAACCCCGCGGUCCGCAUGACAUGGUUCAGUCCAGCUGCGAGAUCCGAGUCUCGAUGCAUUGGGAUUUUUCUCGGCGCCGAAACCAAGUGAAUCUCAAAUUUAAAGCCGUCUGAUAACAACCGUGCCUGCCAGACAAACCCCUGCCAUGACAACCGCCUUGAACCGGGACGGAACGGGACUCGCACGGAGAUCGGAAUACGUGUGCAGCGGACAUAGUAGACCGAGGAAAACGGACGGAAUACGGGUUUUUGCGCUAAUGAAGGUUGGGGUACACGCGCACUAUUGGAGCCGGGUGCUGUUCCUGUACGUGGGGCUACUGGCCGCCUCGGUAAAAGCCCAGAAUUGCAGCUACACCCUACACAAUCCCAACGGCACCAUAGAGAGCCCAGGCUACCCGUAUGGGUACCCCAACUAUGCCAACUGCACGUGGGUGGUGGUGGCAGCAGAGCAUAACAGGAUACAGCUGGUGUUCCAGGGCUUUGCCUUGGAGGAGGACUUUGACAUCCUGUCAGUCUACGACGGCCCACCAAGCCCGGGAAACCUACGCACACGGUUGACCGGGUUCCAGCUUCCUUCUCCCAUAGUGAGUACAGGACCCAGACUCACACUGUGGCUGCUGUCUGACUAUGCCGUCAGCGGACAGGGUUUCAAAGCCAUCUACGAAGCCCUGCCCAGCUACACCUGUGGUAACCCGGGCCAGCUGCUGAAUGGCCUCCAGCAGGGCUCCACCUUCAACAUCGGGGACAAGAUCCGCUACAGCUGCAGCCAGGGCUUCGUCCUGGAGGGCCACACCACCCUGUCCUGCUUGGCCACGUCCGCAGGCACCGCAGCCUGGGACUUUCCCCUGCCCUACUGUCGAGCGGAUGACGGCUGUGGGGGAACCCUAAGAGGUCAAAGCGGGGUCAUCACCAGCCCCAACUACCCAGGGGAGUACAACAACAACGCUGACUGCACCUGGACCGUCCUGGCCGAGCCGGGGGACACCAUCGCCCUGGUCUUCUCAGACUUCCAGCUGGAGGAUGACUACGACCUGCUGGAGGUCAGCGGCACCGAGGGCUCCUCGCAGUGGUUCACUGGUCCUAACCUCCCCUCCCCCAUCAUCAGCAGUAAGAACUGGCUCAGGCUUCACUUCACAUCUGAUGGCAACCACAAACUGAGAGGCUUUAGUGCCCAGUAUCAAGUGAAGAAAAUGACAGAGCUGAAGUCCAGGGGUGUGAAAAUGCUCCCCAGCAAAGACAACCACCACAAGAUCUCAGUCUUGUCCCAGAUGGGUGUGGCCCAGGGUCACAACAUGUGUCCAGACCCUGGGAUCCCUGACAGAGGAAAAAGAAAAGGCUCCGACUUCAGGAAGGGUGCCACGGUGCACUUCUCAUGUGACGAGGGGUACGAGCUGCAGGGCUCCAAGAGCAUCAGCUGUCUGCGUGUCACCGACAGCUACGUAGGCUGGAGUGAUGACAGGCCUAUCUGCAGAGCUCCCAUGUGUGGUGGUCAGCUGCGAGGCCCCAAUGGCAUCAUCACCUCCCCAAACUACCCUGUCCAGUACGACAACAACGCCAACUGCACAUGGGUCAUUACAGCAAUGGAUACUGCCAAGGUGAUCAAGUUGACGUUCGAGGACUUUGACCUGGAGCGCGGCUACGACACGCUGACGGUGGGCGACGGCGCGGUGGUCGGGGAUCAGAAGACCGUCUUUCACGUACUCUCCGGUACCUCGACUCCAGACCUGGUUGUCAGUACCAGCCAUCAGAUGUGGCUCAACUUCAAGACUGACGACACCAGCGGCUCUUUGGGAUUCAAGGUGUCCUACGAAGAAAUCAACCAGGGCAGCUGUGGAGAUCCCGGAAUCCCGGCCUACGGCAAGCGUGAAGGGACAGGUUUCCGUCAUGGAGACAGACUGCACUUUGAGUGUUUGCCGGCCUUUGAGUUGGUGGGCAAGAAAAACAUCACCUGCCAGAAGAACAAUCAGUGGUCAGCCAAGAAGCCCAGCUGUGUUUUCUCCUGCUUCUUCAACUUCACCACUCCGUCGGGGGUGCUGCUGUCCCCUAACUACCCCCAGGAGUACGGGAACAACAUGCACUGCGUGUGGCUCAUCAUCACCAAGCCAGAGAGCCGCAUCAACCUGGCCUUCAACGACCUCAGCAUGGAGAAGCAGUUUGACUUCCUCUCCAUCAAGGAUGGGGGCAAGGCGGAGUCUCCAAUCCUGGGUACGUUCUCAGGUGACGUCCUGCCCCCUUCCAUCACCACCAGUGCCCACGUAGCCCGUCUCGAGUUCCUGACAGACCACACCUACACCGAUAGGGGCUUCAACAUUACCUUCACCACGUUCCGCCACAACGAGUGUCCCGAUCCAGGGGUGCCGGUGAACGGGAAGAGGUUUGGGGAGAGCCUACAGCUGGGCAGCUCCAUCUCAUUCCUGUGUGAGGAGGGCUUUGUGAAGACCCACGGCUCCCAGACCAUCUCCUGCAUCCUGAAGGAUGGCAACGUGGUCUGGGACAACGCCAUGCCUCGCUGCGAAGCCCCCUGUGGCGGGGAGCUGAAAGCCCCGAGUGGGAUCAUCCUGUCUCCUGGCUGGCCAGAGCUCUACAAGGAGGCCCUCAACUGUGAGUGGAUCAUCGAGGCUCCGCCGGGGUACCCUAUCAAGAUCAUCUUCGACAAGUUCCGUACGGAGGUGAACUACGACAUCCUGGAGGUGCGAGACGGCCGCUUCCCUUCCUCUUCUCUGAUUGGUAGCUACCAGGGUACCCAGGUGCCCCAGUUUCUCAUUAGCACCUCCAACUUCCUAUUCCUGCUGUUCUCCACCGACAAGAGCCACUCCGACAUCGGCUUCCGUAUACGCUAUGAGACCCUCCAAUUGCAGUCAGAUCACUGUGUCGACCCCGGUAUUCCUGUCAAUGGCCAGCGUCAUGGAAAUGACUUCUACGUGGGCGCCUUGGUUACGUUCAGCUGCGAUGCGGGGUACACCCUCAGCGACACUGAACCCUUGGAGUGUGAACCCAAUUUCCAGUGGAGUCGGCCCCUCCCCAGUUGUGAUGCGUUGUGUGGAGGUUACAUCCAGGGCAACACAGGCACCAUUCUGUCUCCUGGCUUCCCAGACUUCUACCCUCAUAACCUCAACUGCACCUGGUUGAUCGAAUCUUCUCACGGCAAAGGUGUCCAAUUCACCUUCCACACAUUCCACCUGGAGAGCCCCCAUGACCACCUGCUGGUAACGGAGAACGGCAGCUUCUCGGAGCCGCUGUGGCGUCUGACGGGCUCCACGCUGCCCUCGCCGCUCAGCGCGGGUCUGUUUGGGAACUACACCGCCCAGAUUCGCUUCCUGUCCGAUUUCUCUGUCUCCUACGAGGGGUUCAACAUUACUUUCUCAGAGUAUGACCUGGAGCCAUGUGAGGACCCAGGUGUUCCUCCCUACAGCAUCCGUAAGGGGCUGAUCUUCGGGGUGGGCGACGUCCUCAUGUUCUCCUGUUUCCGGGGGUACCGUCUGGAGGGGCCAGCCAGGGUGGUGUGUCUGGGGGGCAGGAGGAGGGUGUGGAGCUCCCCUCUGCCAAGGUGUGUUGCUGAGUGCGGCUCCUCUGUAACUGGCAUGCAAGGGGUGCUCCUCUCGCCCAACUACCCCGGUUACUACGGCAACAACCACGAGUGCAUCUACGCCAUCCAGACACAGCCGGGCAAGGGGAUCCAGCUACGAGCACGAGACUUCAGACUGGAAGACGACGACAUGCUCAAAGUGUUUGAUGGCAGCAGCAACAAGGCCCGCCUCCUGGGUGUGUUCACCGGGACAGAGCUGCAGGAGACCACCCUGAACUCCACCUCCAGCUCCAUGUGGCUGGAGUUCAUCAGCAACGACGACAACACCAGCAAGGGCUUUGAGCUCCACUUCACGAGUUUCGAACUGGUGAAGUGUGAGGACCCGGGUGUGCCCCAGUUUGGGUACAAGCGUGAGGACAAGGGCCACUUUGCGGGAAGCACGGUGUCAUUCAGCUGUGAGCCGGGGUACACCCUGAGAGGGCCCCAGGUGCUCACCUGUCUGAGGGGCGAGAGGAGGGCCUGGGACAGCCCCCUGCCUCUCUGUGUCGCGGAGUGUGGUGGUACCAUAAAGGAUGAACCUGCAGGUCGUAUCCUGUCUCCUGGCUACCCUGCUCCGUAUGAACACAACCUCCACUGUGUGUGGACCAUCGAGGCUACGCCAGGGAGCACCGUCGGGCUCCACUUCCUGGUGUUCCACACAGAGGAGGUGCACGACGUGCUGCGGAUGUGGGACGGGCCGCAGGAGGGUGGGGUGCUGCUGCGGGAGCUGAGUGGCUCCUCCCUCCCCCCCGACGCCCACAGCACCUUCAACACCGUCAGCCUGCAGUUCACCACCGACUUCUUCACCAGCAAGCAGGGCUUCGCCCUUCAGUUCUCUGUCUCCACGGCCACCUCCUGUAAUGACCCCGGCAUGCCCACCAAUGGCACCCGCAGCGGGGACAGCAAGGCGCCGGGAGACCACGUGGUGUUCCAGUGUGAUCCUGGCUACCUCCUGCAGGGCGCCAGCAAGAUAACAUGCACUGAGAUCAACAGCCGCUUCUUCUGGCAGCCGGACCCGCCCACCUGCACAGCUCCUUGUGGAGGGAACCUGACUGGGCCCAGUGGACUGAUCCUGUCUCCAGAGUACCCAGAACCCUACCCUCACGGACGAGAGUGUGACUGGACCGUUUCAGUCACCCCCGAUUACGUCAUCGCUCUCACCUUCAACCAGUUCAGCUUGGAGCCUAGUUAUGACUUCCUCCACAUUUAUGACGGUCCGGACUCGUUGAGCCCCCUGCUGGGAAGUUUCUACGGCUCCGACGUCCCCGACCGUAUCGAGAGCAGCUCCAACAAGCUCUUCCUCGCCUUCCGCAGCGACGCCUCCCUCAGCAGCAACGGUUUUGUGCUGCAGUACACAGAGAACCCCAGGGAGUCGUGCUUCGAGCCGGGAGUGGUGAGGAACGGCAGCAGGAUGGGAGGGGACCUGAAGCUGGGGUCCACGGUCACCUAUGUUUGUGACAGCGGCUACACCCUGGAGGGAGACCCCAUGCUCACCUGCAUCAUGGGCGGAGACAGCAAGCCCAGCUGGAACAAACCCAAACCCAUCUGCAUAGCUCCGUGUGGAGGGCAGUAUUCAGGGUUGGAGGGCGUUGUGUUGUCACCUGGUUAUCCCGGCAACUAUAGCAGCGCCAGAACCUGUCUCUACUCUGUGGUCGUGCCAGCGGACUACGUGGUGUUCAGCCAGUUUGCCUUCUUCCAGACGGCUCUGAACGAUGUGGUAGAGGUGUACGAUGGAGCCACUCAACACUCUCGCGUCCUCAGCUCCCUGUCAGGGGCACACACAGGCGAGUCUCUGCCCCUGGCAACGUCCAAUCAGAUUCUGAUUCGUUUCACAUCUAAAGGACAAUCCAGUUCCAGAGGUUUCCAUCUGGUUUAUCAAGCGGUUCCCAGGACCAGUGCCACCCAGUGCUCCUCGGUGCCCGAGCCGAGGAACGGCCGGCGCAUGGGAAACAGCUUUGCAGUGGGUGCGGUGAUCCGGUUCGAGUGCAGCCCCGGGUAUGUGCUGGAGGGACCCUCCGCCAUUGAGUGUCUGACGGUGCCCAACGCCCUGGCACAGUGGAACAGCUCCAUACCCAGCUGUAUAGUACCAUGUGGAGGGAAUUUGACCCAGAGGACUGGUACCAUACUGUCUCCAGGUUUUCCUGAGCCCUACCUGAACAGCCUGAACUGUGUCUGGAAGAUCACUGUUCCAGAAGGAUCUGGAAUACAGAUCCAGGUCAUCAGCUUUGUGACAGAGCAGAACUGGGACUCACUGGAGGUGUUUGAUGGAGGAGACAACACUGACACCAUGCUGGGCAGCUUCUCUGGCACGACAGUCCCGGCCCUCCUCAACAGCACGUCCAAUCAGCUCUAUCUUCACUUCUUCUCGGAUAUCAGCGUGUCUGCAGCAGGGUUCAGACUGGAGUACAAGACUGUCUCUCUCACCAGCUGUCCUGAGCCCGUUAUCCCGAUGAAUGCUAUCAAGGUGGGGGAGAGACUCCAGAUGAACAAUGUGGUUUCCUUCCAGUGUGAGCCCGGAUACACCCUGCAGGGGAAUUCACACAUCUCCUGCAUGCCUGGAACCGUCAGACGUUGGAACUACCCUCCCCCUCUCUGCAUCGCUCAAUGUGGAGGGAUCCAAGAAGACAUGGAGGGAAUGAUUCUCAGCCCUGGUUUCCCUGGAAACUACCCUAGCAACAGCGACUGCACCUGGAGAAUCUACCUGCCGGUUGGUUACGGAGCUCAUGUUCAGUUCCUCAACUUCUCCACCGAAGCCAACCACGACUUCCUGGAGAUCCGAAACGGCCCUCUGGAGACCAGCACUGUGAUCGGGCGAUUCAGCGGACAGGAUGUGCCUUCCUCCCUCCUUACGACCUCCCACGAAACCACAAUCUAUUUCCAUAGCGACCACUCUCAGAACAAACCAGGCUUCAGGUUCGAGUACCAGGCCUAUGAGCUUCAAGAAUGCCCGGACCCGGAGCCUUUCCACUAUGGGGUGGUAGUGGGGGCGGGCUACAACGUGGGCCAAUCCAUUUCCUUCGAGUGUCUCCCGGGUUACCAGCUGACUGGACAGUCGAUCCUGACCUGUCAACACGGGACCACGCGCAACUGGGACCACUCCUUCCCUCGCUGCAAAGUACCCUGUGGGGGCAACAUCACGUCAGACAAUGGCACCAUCUUCUCUCCCGGUUACCCUGAUGACUACCCCAGCUCCUCAGACUGCACCUGGCUGAUCACCGUGGCGACGGGCAUGGGAGUGCAACUCAACUUCACCCUGCUGCAGAUCCACGGCCCUCACGACUACAUCACUGUCUGGGACGGCCCUCAGGAGACGGCCAGGAAGCUGGGGAUCUUCACGGAGGGCGAUCCCAACGACCCGCCACGCAGCACGUCCAAUCAGGUCCUGAUCCGUUUCCGUAGCAACGCGGAGAAAGGUGGACUGUACCGUAUUCAUUAUCAAGCGUACAGACUGCAGUUCUGCCUACCUCCACCCAUCAUUCCAAAUGCAGAGAUCCUGAUGGCUAGCAAGGAAUUUAAAAUAGGAGACAUAGUGAGGUACAGGUGUCUGCCAGGGUACCGCCUGAGUGGAAACAGCAUCCUGACCUGCCGUCUGGGGACACACCUGGAGUUUGCUGGUCCUCCUCCCUCGUGUGACGUGACAUGUCCCAUGAAUGAGGUCCUGACCGCCUCCACCGGAGUCAUCAUGAGCCAGUCUCCCGGCAGCGGCUUCCCCCACUUUGAGUCCUGUUCCUGGGUGGUGAAGGUGGACCCGGGCUACAACAUCACCUUUACCAUCGAACACUUCCAAACCAGCCGGCAGUUUGAUGAGCUGGAGAUCUUUGACGGGCCGUCCAGACAGAGUCCCCUCCUGAUUACCCUGAGUGGAAACUACUCCAACCCUCUCAGCAUCACCAGCUCUAUGAACAAGGUCUACCUGCACUGGUCCUUUGACCAUACCUCCAGCCACAAGGGUUUCCGCAUACGCUAUUCAGCGGCAUACUGCAGCCCCCCCAACAACCCGUUCAACGGUACGGUCCACAGCCAGACAGGCACCAAGCUGGGCAGCACCCUUCGCUUCAACUGUGACCAGGGCUUCAGGCUCAUCGGCCAGAGCAGUGCCACCUGCACCCGCACCCCCCAGGGCAUCUACCAAUGGAACGCUCCUGUGCCCCUCUGUCAGGUGGUGACAUGUGGGAUGCCAGAGCCUCCAUUGAACGGCAGUAUCGCUGGGCAGGAUUUCACCCUCGGAGCCAGAGCUAUGUACCAGUGCAACGCUGGCUUCCGGUUGGCCAGCCCUCUCGCAAUAUCUGUUGUCUGCCAGGAGUCGGGGAGGUGGAGCCCCAAUGAAGCCCCGCCCCGUUGCAUACCUGUGACCUGCCCCGACAUCGGGCAUUCUGCGGUGGAUCAUGGGAGAUGGAGGCUGAUCUUCGGGACUCAGAACCAGUAUGAUGCCAUGAUGAUGCUCAUCUGUAACCCUGGAUACUAUUACAGGGGUCAGAGGGUCAUCCGUUGUCUGGCCAACAGCACCUGGGACUACCCAGAACCUCGUCCUGCAUGCGAAAUCGUCUCAUGUGGAGACCUUGGUACUCCUCCCAACGGGAACAAGAUUGGGACAUUGACAGUGUUUGGGGCGACGGCCAUCUUCUCCUGUAACACGGGCUACACCCUGGUGGGCUCCAGGGUCCGAGAGUGCUUGUCCAACGGGCUGUGGAGCGGAACCCAGGUCCAGUGUCUCGCGGGUCACUGUGGAACUCCAGAGCCCAUCGUCAACGGGCAGAUCAUAGGAGAGAACUACAACUACAGAGGCAGCGUGGUCUACCAGUGCAACCCUGGCUUCCGCCUGAUCGGGGUGUCCGUGCGGAUCUGUGAGCAGGACCACCGCUGGUCCGGACGUACCCCCGUCUGUGUCCCCAUCACUUGCGGUCACCCGGGAAACCCUUCCUUUGGGGUCACCCAGGGAACGCAGUUCAACCUCAACGAUGUUGUACGUUUUGUGUGCAAUACCGGCUUCAUCCUACAGGGCUCUCUCAUGUCUCACUGCCAGUCCAACGGCCAAUGGAGCAACACUCUGCCCAAAUGUAAAAUUGUGAACUGUACAGACCCGGGUCAUGUAGAGAACAGUGUGCGGCAGGUAGUGGCCAGUGGUCCUCACCGCUACAGCUUCCAGACGUCGGUGUCGUACAGCUGCAACCCUGGUUACUACCUGCUGGGAACCAGCACAUUCAGCUGCCAGGGAGAUGGAACCUGGGACCGCUCACUGCCCAAGUGUCUCUUGGUGCUCUGCGAGCGUCCCAGCAUGCCCCCCUACGCCCAGAUCUCCGGUGACAGGAGGACGGUGGGCUCGGUCAUCCGCUUCAGCUGCAUCGGCCAGCGCUCCGUGGUGGGCAACACCACGCGCAUGUGCCAACUGGACGGCCAAUGGAGUGGCUCUUUACCUCACUGCUCCGGGGAGUCGGCGGGUCUAUGCGGGGACCCUGGCAUCCCGGUUCAUGGGAUCCGUCUGGGGGAAGAAUUCUCUGUGAGCAGCAUGGUCCGGUUCAGCUGUGAGCCCGGCUACGUUCUGACGGGUUCCCCAGAGAGAACCUGCCAGCACAACAGCACCUGGACCGGAACCCAGCCUGAGUGUCAGGUGAUCUCAUGUGGGAACCCAGGAACUCCAAAGAACGCCCAGAUCCUGGUCCACGAGGGCCUGACCUUCUCCCGCUCCAUCACCUACACCUGCCGAGACGGCUACUACUCCAACGGCCUUCUCACCCGCCACUGCACUGUCAACGGCACCUGGACCGGGAACAUGCCCGAGUGCACCGUGAUCAACUGUGGCGACCCUGGCGUGCCAGCCAAUGGCGUGCGAGUUGGCAGGGACUUCAUCUACAACAACACAGUGAGCUACCAAUGUUCACCGGGGUUCAACAUGGACGCCGACCGCGCCUCCACGCUGGUGUGCACCAAGGACCGCACCUGGAAUGGAACCAAACCACUCUGCAAGGCAAUCAUAUGCGGAGCCCCGCCGACCAUCCCUAACGGACAGGUGGUGGGCGGAGACUUCAGCUGGGGCUCCAGCAUCAGCUACGGCUGUAACCAAGGUUACCAGCUGUCCCUGCCCACAGUGCUCACCUGCCAAGGCAACGGAAACUGGAGCGGAGAGCUGCCACAGUGCUUUCCGGUGUUCUGUGGUGACCCUGGCUCCCCGGCUCAGGGCAGGAGAGAGGACCGGGGCUUCACCUACCUCUCCUCCAUCUCAUUCUCCUGCUACCCCCCCCUGGUGCUGGUGGGCUCUGCCCGCCGCUACUGCCAGUAUGACGGCACCUGGAGCGGUACACAGCCCUCCUGCAUAGACCCCAGUCACACCACAUGUGUGGACCCUGGGACACCCCUGUUUGGGAACCUCAACAACACCCUGGGCUACCAGAUCAGCAGCACCGUGUUCUUCAGCUGUAGGAAGGGCUACCUGCUCCAGGGAUCCAUCACCCGUACCUGUCUCCCCAACCUCACCUGGAGCGGACUGCAGCCCGAAUGCAUAGCCCACCACUGUAGCCAGCCAGAGUCUCCUGCCCAGGCUGAUGUGAGUGCGAUAGAGCUGCCGUCGCUGGGCUACACCCUCAUCUACACCUGCCAGCCGAGCUUCUACCUGGCUGGGGGCUCCGAACACAGGACCUGCAGGGCAGACGGGAGCUGGACCGGCAAGGCCCCCUUUUGUGCAGCUGAUAACCGUCCCAGUGGCAAGACAGGGCUGGGAACAGUGCAGGAGCAGCCCAACUCCAAACUACCAGUCCCUGUUGGGGUGUUUGCUAAGAACUCUCUGUGGCGGGGCUCCUAUGAGUACCUGGGGAAGAAGCAGCCCGCCAUGCUCAGCAUCACCACCUUCGAGCCCCUUAGCAACCGCGUGAACGGAACGCUCAUCGACCACAGCGGCGUGGAGCUCAAGCUGGCCGGGGUCUACAAGAAGGAGGAGGCUCAGCUUCUGCUGCAGGUGCACCAGAUCCGAGGACCCGUGGAGAUCUUCGUCAACAAGUUCAAAACUGACAACUGGUCCUUGGAUGGCCAUGUGUCCUACAUCUCCUCAUCCAAUGCCUUCGUCUACCAAGGCUUCGUCAGAGGGAAGGGGUUCGGCCAGUUUGGCCUUCAGAGACUGGAGAGUCUAGACCCCAGCAAGGAGACAUCAGGAUACAACUUUGCUUCCAACAGCAGCUCUGUGGCGGCAGCCAUCUUAGUGCCUUUCAUAGCUAUGAUCAUUGCAGGCUUUGCUCUGUACCUCUACAAACACAGGAGGAGACCCAAAGUUCCCUUCAACGGUUACGUGGGCCAUGAGAACACUAACGGGCGGGCCACCUUCGAGAACCCCAUGUACGACCGCAACAUCCAGCCCACCGACAUCAUGGCCAACGAGACCGAGUUCACGGUCAGCACCGUGUGCACGGCUGUAUAGCGACUGCUACGGUCCUGAGGUUGGAGACGAGGAGGAUGACAGGAGGUCUUACUUUCGCCUGUGUUCCUCCUCUACAAGACAUAGGCCAUCCUUCUACUUGGGAAGAGAGAGAGAGAGGGGGGGGUAUUAUAUAUUCUACCAACCUCCAUCCAUCCAGGAGCGAGGUCUUCUUGAUGGUCGAGGCCCUUUCUACAAGAGACGAGACAAAAAAAAUAAAAAAUUAAAACGACAACAUAAAUAAAACUAUGUCAAGAUAACCAAUGGCAGCACCAUACUGAUGACGAAGGCAAGGCCGUACUCUUUGUUUCCGUGGACAACGGCUUUCCACUCAGCCACGGCGGGUGGUGGAGCCACGCUGCCAUGACGAUAAUCAUGACUCUCUGUCCUCUGCCAAAAACCCAGAAAAAGGGGAAUUUAAGGCCAGCCUCCAGACGUGGGGCUAGCCGCUAGCUUCAGUACCACAGGAAGCUGAGGAGGGUCAGCCCUGCACUAGCAUGCUGUGUUGUUGCAAACAAGCGUAGUUGUGGAUUGAACCUACAGCGAAGAGAGACACUCUCGUUUACUUUGGAUGUUUCCUCUCCUUUCUUCAUUGGCUUGGGGUUGUGCACUGCUUGCUUUUUUUAGGAUUUGGCGGAACCUUCUUUUUUUUCUCUUCCUGAAUUUCUUCACAGGCCUCAGCACCGUGGGGCUUGGGUUGAAUUGAAGUGGGAUGGUGAAAUCUGGAGGCCUAUUUGAAGACAUGGAUUCUAUCAUUAUUGCUUUUCACUCUCCUCCGUUUGAGAGGGGUGAGGGGAAGACUGCUGGCUGAGACACCUGUUACCAGAACAAUACCAAGGUGACACAGGCUGCUGGAGAUAGCACUUAGCAAAGGCUUUUUCAGUGUGAGUAAGGUUUGUGUGUGUGCGUGCGUGUGUUGACAAUGUCAGCAUUCUGACCCAAAGCAUCUCCCCUCUUCCCCUUUUUUCGUCAUCCCUCCAUCCCUAACGAAUCCCAGCAUGAGACACAUGGUUUAUGUUCACAACUAUCUAUCCAACUGGGAUGUUUAGACUACCCUGAAAUAGCAACAGAGAGAAACUAGACAAAAGCUUGUUCUUUGAUUGCGCCAACCUCCCAACAGUGUUCCAAGUAGCCGGUGUGCAUUAUUGUUUGGACUGCUUGUGCAAACAUCUGGUGUGUAGCAUUUUGGAAGUGGGCCUUGGUUUGUGCACAGACUCGCACCCUAAUAAAAGGUGUGACGACCAAACUCCCAAGCGUCUUUUCCAAAAGGCACCGGACCAAGAUGGAUAUGUGAAGAAAGCAGUGCCGUUUUCCCAGUCCCUCACCUGCUCUCCAUGUGCAACAAAAUGUUGUUCGAGGUCAGAGAAUAAAAGGUGCUUCAAGGUAGAAGCUAAAUAUGAUACAGGUUUCUAUGGACACACACAAGCCUUUGGAACCACCAGUUUUACAUUUCAUAGACCCUGCGUGUACCAGAACAACAGGUCACGGAUUGGACAACACCCAAAGGUGACACUGCUUCAAUUCCUCUAAUGCGCUCCACUUCGACAGCCUUGGAAUUUGUUCUCUCUGACGAAGCAUGAAUGCACUAGCACGGUUAUUGAAACUGGCAUUGACCCUGAGGAUGAGAUGCCCAGGAUUUGGCCUUGCUGGUUCAAAGAGGAACAGAAAGUACUUGUGAACAUAAGUUUUGGUUGUGUCUUGGCUUGACUCUGCAAGCAGAAACCUCUCCUGCAGCCAAACCAUCAAGGAGUUGAUAGCUAGUGAAGUUUCCCCACUUAGAUUAAGUACAUUUCAUGUCACAGCACACAUCAGUAAACCACCGAACCGGGCAUCUGAUAGACCCAUCGAUUAGAGUAGAAGCACGUUGGGUGGUCUUUCUCGGCUCAUCAAGGAAAUGUUGAGUUUUCCGCGAAGCUUCGACAGCAGGGGAGAAUGGUUGUGUCGCAAUUACUCCUGGGCGCUUCAAUUGAAAAUGAUUAAGCAGAUGAUAGAAAAACAGUGUUUACGCUCUAAUUUCAGACGCCGCGCACACUAAUCUGUGAAUUAACGAAAAAGGAAGGGGGGAGGGCGAAGACGAGCAGCUGGGAAACGACUGCAGCCAUCUUUCAUCUUCAUCUUCUUAGUUUCGGACUGUGAUGAGACUUGAUGUGGGAGCGUUCAGUUUUGACUCUUAGGGGGAAGUGUGAUCUGAAGGAAGGGUGCAGGGGAGGGUAAAGGAACACUGUUACCAUGGCAAUGUUCACAAAAAAAUGUAAGAACUUGGAUGAGAGAGGUUUUUAUGGAAUAUGGAACAAAGGUACUAUAGGUCAAUAUUUCAUUGGUUCUCAACUUUCAUUUUCCCUGCAAUUUAAAUCAUUAUUGUUUUUUGUUUUUUAACAGGUACCAAUACACCUACUCUCAUGUGAUCUCGAGGUGGUACAGUUCACCUUGGCGGGCGCUUGACUUACACUGUAGCAAAUUGUAACAUUAAAUGCAAUUUGCAGCCAUCUCAGUCCAUCAUCUAUGUCCAGAUCACACAUUCUCUCUGCCAUCAUCAUUGAAGGAGAAGCUCGAUUAAGGAUGACAUGAAAACAGCUUACUACAGUACAGUUGGAUGGGCUUAUUUAACUUUAGCAACAACAAUAAGCAAUCUACUACUACAUACUCUGUUCAAGCAACAUUUCAGUUGUCAGUCUUUCGCAGUUCCAAAAUCAGUUUGUCAGGCAAGACGAUGAAUGGAGGGAAAAGUGGUUUGUGUUAAAAGGUUAUAGAGAAAAUUACAAAAAAUCUUCAAUCUAAUGAAACCAGAGAGAGACUGGUUAUUGUUAAGUAUUGGUUAGUGUUUUCGUGGCUCUGUUGAUGUGGGCUAAUGUUGCUAAAAUGCCACUGCUGAAUUAUUGUCUUAGUCUCAUGAAAGCUAGUUUAAGGCCCCAGCUCUGUUCAAUCUAUUUGAGUUUUUUGUGUGAGUGAUAAAACUUGUUUGAGGUUUAUUUGGCGUGUAGUUUCCCUGAAACAAACAUUUCAUUAGGAUACUGUUGAAAGACUUGCUAUGGAAAUAACAGCUUUUGUUGCUUUGAAUAUUAGAGGAAAGGGAAAUCAAAAACAACUUUCACACUCUAAAUCCACCACAUCAUUAACAUUUAUUUUCUUAGGAACAUAAACGCCCAAAUGUCUAAAUCACCUACAAAAUUUUCGUCAAAAAUCUAAGUAUUUAAAAUGAAGUCACUAAAGUCUCCUUCAAAUCUUUUUCACUGUGCCUCGGUAAUUGCCUCUACAAAUGUAUCACUUUUUAAAGCUUUAGCUUAUCUAGGCAGCAUGGCUAUAAUAUAUGCUAGUGCCUCUUCCAUUUGUGAGUUGAUGGAAAAGGCAAAGAUUGAAUUUCCCCAGUGAUUUCAUGGGCAUGCAAGCACAUUGUCUCCUAGCUAUUGGCAUUCAGAUCAUAUAGCGUGUUUGUGGUUGCUGUUGUUGUUUUUAUCUGUUUCCUAUGAUUUCAUUCUGAAUUACCCAAAGUAGUUCAGCAAGAGGAGACGGCGUGAUCAGUUUUCAUUUACUCUGACAUCUCUCUUUGUCUUUCUUUUAUCCUAUUUCUCUCUCUUGUCUCUCUCCCUCCCUCUC